CCACCUGAAAUUUAUUGAGGGUAUUUUUGCUCAUCAAAACCGCGUGCCAAGUAAGCUCCCUCCUUAAUCUUUAUAUUUUUCUUAAUCUGCACAUGCACACCCUCAUAGGAAAUAUGUACAGAACUGUAAUUUGGGUGCUUCAUUAGUGUUGUUUCCAUAAGAUUGUAUUAUCUGAGGUGGUUGUUCUAGAAUUGUGAAUCAUGAUUGUAUCUCCUCUAAGAAAUUGUCAAGUUAAGCUAUAAAAGAGGCUAACCUGAGCUUCCUCUAUAAUUUAGAUGGUAAGAGAGCAAUGACCCACGUCAAAUUGAUUGGGGGUUGACAAUGCCUGAAAAAAUGUUUAGCUUUCUUCAGAGCAUCACAAGAUCCUGAUAGUAUCUCAACCAAAGCAAUUUUUAUGUUCAUGGCUGAUGUUGAUACAAGUUGUUUACCUAGAGUAGAGCCCCAACAAGUUAGCUCUUGGAGUUGCGAUGUGAAAAUGUGUAAGGCGGAAAUAGUUUAUACAAAAGGCCAUACUAUGAUUAUAUAGAAUUCGUUGGUAGAGAUAGUCAUCAAUCUCAUUUUAUUGACGAAGCCACUAAAGAGAAGAGAGGAAUCGCCAUUGGUACUCUAAAUUUUACAAGGCUAUUAUAAUGAUAAUUUCUUUAAUUUCAUAUAAAUUUGUAUUAUGAUUGAAGUGAUAUUACCCCAAACCAUAAAUUGCAGUAAGGAAUGGUCGUUUGAAUUAAUAUGCACUGGUGCAAAAUGCCAUGUAGCUGCCAUGAAAAAGGAGUAAGAGUGGACCAGUGUGUUUGCUGCCGAGAAGAAUAAGAAUCGUGAUAAUGAGGACAGACAUAUAUAGCUUACCUGUUUCUUUUGUUUGUAUAUGAGUUUUCUACGGCAGAUUGCAUGCUUUGCUUUUUUUUUUUGUCAUUUUAAUUAACAAAACUAUUUAUCAGAAAAAAAACUGGCCGACGCAUUUUAUCAACUUGAUUUGGACAUUGCUGGUUUUUGUUUUCUCAGCAAGGGAUUCAUCUCCUUUGGUGUCACUGUGGUUUUUGGUCUAAGGGCAAUCUAGAUUGGGGUUUUCUUAUGAAAUCUCUUGGUGGGUUCCAUUUUUACCAUCGAUAAUUGGAGCCAGGUAAGCAUUCCUUUGGUUUUUCAUGUUCACUCUAGGGGCAUCAUGGUGCAUGGCAAUAAUGGCUAUAUUUAAGGCUAACGGCUUGGAUUGUCCAUUAUAGUGUUUAUGUUUUACUGUUUCUCUUUUGUAAUGGAAUAAGAUAAUGACUUUCUACUAUAUUAUUAUGGUGUUGGUGACCUACCUACGACCAUCGCCGGAUACAUGUUAACAGACAAUACCAGUUAGAAUCAAAGAGUUAAUUUCCGAAACUACGUCUGGGCCAAAGGCCGGGUAAUAAGUAAUAACUAAUAAGCUAGUCUAUUAAUAAAGAGGAGACAAAAGGAAAAAAUAAAAUUAAACGUGAUGGUCCGUUUUUAGAAAAUGAACAAAAUUCAAAACAUGAACCGGUUUUACACGCCACCCUAUGUUACUCAACAUCAAACCGACGACGUUUCAUGGAUGACAGAUUCCUUAGGCAUCACGUUCGAUCGGUUGGAUCAUCGUGAGGUCCCGGGUCCAUUUCCAGAGCAAGGAAGAAGCACGAAAUCCAAGCCACGAAGAAAACCUGCCUGAGCACAAAAUUCCAUUGCACUCUCUUCUCUCUCUCGAUCGAUUCUGUUUCCCAGUCACAGACCCAACCGAUUUCUAUUCCCAGUUCGCCAAUCACGAUACUCCAUUCGAGGAAAUUCAUUUGCAGUCCAUGAUGGAAGAAGGCGGGACCGACACCAACAAAACGAAGAACUCGCCGCCGACAAGUGAAAGUAUGGAGUCCCGCGGGACUCGCCCAAAGGAUGAACCGCCACAGCCGGAGCAGGAAGUGAACACCGGCGGAGGCGGUGGAGGAGGAGGCGGAUGGGGAGGUUGGGGUUUCUCUUCAGUCCUCUCAGAUCUCCAGAAAGCUGCCGAAGAGAUCUCUCGCAAUGCAGCUGUGGCUGCAGAGAAAGCUGCAAAAAGCAUUGCGGAUAUGAACCUCGCCGAGGACUCUGAAUCCUCCAAGGGUGAAGAUGAGGGAGAUGAAGCUGCAAGUGAUAAGCAAACCGAAGAGGAGACGGAUGAGUUACGAAAAUCGGCUCUGGAUAAGUUGGAGAAAGCUAGUGACGAGUCCGUGCUCGGCCAGGGCCUAAAAGAUCUUGAUCACUCCGUGGAGAAUUUUGCUACUGGAGCUUGGCAAGCAUUGGGAAAUGCAUGGAAAAGUAGUUCCAGCUUUGUUCAAAGGCUAGAGAAUUCUGCCGUGAACCUUGCAGAAACAAUUCAAAAGGAUGGCAUACAGGGUGCAGCUGGUUCUGUUGCACCAAACUUGCUAGAGUCUGGGAAAGCCUUCACAACUAAAGGAAUGCAAGUACUUGAAUAUGUUGGCAAGGAGACAAUGGAUCUUUUAAUCACAGAGACUGGCAUGGAUAUUGAGAAGAAUUCUAAAGGCCCUGGAAAAGAGGGUGAGGAUCAGUUGCUUGAGGAUGUAACAUUUGAUCGAUGCUUCUAUAUAUAUGGAGGUCCAGAGCAUUUGGAGGAGCUGGAAGCCUUGUCCAGCCAUUAUGCCCUCUUGUUUAAUCGAAGGAAAGCAAAAUUGUCAUCAGAACAGAAGUCUGUAUUUGAUGGACAGCUUAAAAUGGUUCAACAAACUUUGGAUCUUGGUAUUGAAAUGGAUGGAAAUGGAACUGAGUCAAAUAAAGGGAAGAAAGUGGAGACUGGAACUAAGGGAAGUAGUAGUGAUGAAAUGAAAACCUUGCAUGAUUCAAGUGUCAGCAAAGCUGCUGACAUGGCUGCUGGGUUUACCAAUGCUCUGGCAGGACAAAGUGCAAAUGACAUGAUUCAAAGAACUUCUGGCAGAUUAGACGCUCUUCACUCCGAGGGAAUUCAUAGACUCUCCGAUAUUACCUGUUCUGCGGUCUCCCAGCUUCUGAUGCUUGGUAAAUCCAUAAUAUCCCAUGCGAACAAACAUCCCAAAGAAGAUGCUGAUGAGAACGUCAUCAAAGUUGACUGGCCUGAAGAUUCUGUUGACAGAGCAAAGCUAAUCAGGGAAAAAGCACAAACUAUGGCAGGAUAUGUCGAAGCUGUUUCCAACAGCUUUAUCACUGGCAUAGCCGAUGUAGCUGAAGCUUAUCUAGCAGCCAUAAAGGGCACAACCACUGCUGCAGAUAGCCGCGAAGAUCUUCCGAAGAAAUCGAUCGAAGAAAAAGCCAAGACCUUCGCUCAGCUCCUACGAAGUGAUCACAUCACAGCAGUUGGGAAAAUCCGGGAUGGACUUCAGUACCUGUCAUAUGUCAUCAUCUCCACAUCUAUGCCCGCUGCUGCUGCUUGAUAUGCAACUUGGCUUUCUGUCUGGUUCCAGUUUGUCUGUGAUUGUACUUUGUACAUAAUGGUUCAGGAUGUAGGAUGAGCAUUCUUGGUUUCUGAUAAGAAUAGCUCAAAACUGACUUGGGUUUCUUAGCAAGGGUUCAAAUUUGAAUACUAGAGACCUCUGGAGUGUUAGAACAGGUUUUGUUUCCCAUGUGAAGGACUGGUACUGCUAUAUGAUCAAUAAUUAGAAUGGAACCAAGAAAAAAGAUACAUACGGUGAGAAUGUGUGGGUGCAAAUUAGAAUGUUUUUGCUUUCUUUUCUUCGCCAAGUGAAAAUGAGAUUUUGAUGUUUGAAAAGUGAGGAAAGUACGAAACAUUAUGAUUUGCUAACUCGAAAUUUACAGAUUUGAAAAAAGUAAAAUCACACUACAUUGAAAGACUUUUUUACCGUAAGGUUUGUAAAAGCUGGAAAAUUUUAUCCGGAACUUCGUUGUGCAUAGCUUUCUAGAGUUCAGAACUACGCACGCACCUCAUAAAAGUUGCGUCAUUCAAAGCUCUACUACAACCAGCCAUUUAGGGGGAGGGUUUAGCCUUGGUUAGGUUAAACCGAGAGUAUUUCGAUCAUUUUUCUAUGCACGUCAAUGAAUGAGGAUUUAACAU